AUGCCCCCGGCUGCGCCAAGGCUCGCUAGUGCUAGCCACACCACAGCUGGGUAUUUGGAAAAAAACGACGUGAGCAAAGGAACUUUGAUCCUCAUCGACAACUCCAGACCCGUAAACAUCACAGCAACCUCCGCCAGGAUGACGAAAAGAACCAAGAAGGUCGGUGUUACCGGAAAGUACGGUACAAGAUACGGUGCCUCUCUGCGAAAGCAAGUCAAGAAGAUGGAAAUCAGCCAACACGCCAAGUACGUGUGCACAUUCUGCGGAAAGACCACCGUCAAGAGACACUCCGUCGGAAUCUGGAACUGCAAGGCGUGCAACAAGACCGUCGCUGGAGGAGCCUACACUGUGUCAACACCCGCCGCCGCGGCCAUGCGAUCUACGCUUCGACGAUUGAGGGAGAUUGCUGAGGUCUAG